AUGGGCCUCACACCAGUACAUUUCUUCUCCCAUGGCUCGACCAUGAUGCUGGGUGAAGAAUCCACGAGCGCCGACUAUUGGAAGAAAUGUGGAGAUGAAGCAUUGGCGCAGGGAAUCAAGGGAGUCGUGAUUAUGGGCGCACAUUGGGAUUGUCUCGGUGACAGGAUCGAGCUGGCAACCAAUCCUAACCCCGACAAAAGCCCCGUGGCCUACGUGAAGCCGGAAAAAUACGUCAACUAUGAGCUCAAUCCCGACCUGGAAACCACCGAUCGAUGCAUCAAGAUGCUAGCCAAGGAAGGCUACAAUGUGGGUGGAAACAGCACCUUCGACUGGAUCCACGACGUCUACCUCAUCCUCAUCCGCAUGUUCCCCGCAGCCUGCCCACCCACAACACUUAUCUCCAUGAACGCCCGUUACGAUCCGCACUUCCACAUGAAGAUGGGCGCAACACUACGACCGCUGCGUCGGGAGAACUACCUGUUCAUCGGGACCGGCGGCGCCGUACACAACUUGUACCGUAAUCGCUGGGCUCCUAUGCUUCGCUUCCGGGAUAACUUCGCCAUGGAGACGCCACCGGAGGACUGGGCAAUGGAGUUCCGUCAGGCCGUGGAGGAUGUCAUUACCAAGACUUCCGGCCCGCAACUUCGGGCUGCCAUGACUCGUCUCAUGAAGCAUCCUCGCUUCCGGGAUGCUCACGCGACCGAUGACCAUUUCAUGGCUGCCAUGUUUGUUGCCGGUGCGGCUGGGGAUCCAGAAGAUGAGAACUCGCCCGCCGUGCUAGCUGCCGAGAGCUGGGAAUUGACCAACAUGUGUAACUCGCAGUUCACAAUUGGUCGCUGGUCCAAGGAGAUUGCUGUGUAA